CAGGUGGACAUACAACGACUUCUUCAGCCGGUAUCGUGUGUUGAUGCGCAAGUCGGACAUGUCAUGCCCAGACAAGAAGUUAGUGUGUCAGAAGCUGUUGGAGACCCUCAUCAAGGAAGGCGACAUGUUCCAGUUGGGAAAAAGCAAGAUCUUCUUCCGGGCGGGUCAGGUGGCCUAUUUGGAGAAGUUGCGCGCCGACAAGUUCCGCGCCGCCUGCAUCACCGUCCAGAAGACGGUGCGCGGAUGGCUGCAGAAGGUCCGCUACCAGAAGAUCCGCAAAUCUGUCAUUUUGCUGCAGAGAUACGGGCGAGGAUACCUGGCGCGCAGAUACGCGGAAUACUUGCGCCUGACACGCGCCGCCGUGGUGUGCCAAAAGAACUACCGCAUGGCCAGAGAGCGUCGCGCCUUCCUGAACGUGCGCUGGGCCACCGUCACCAUCCAGGCCUUUGCGCGAGGGAUGUUCACACGCAGGAUCUACCAGGAGUUCUUGCUGCACCACAAGGCGCUGAUCAUCCAGAAGUGCGUCCGCGGCUGGCUGCAGAGGCUCAAGUACCAGCGGAUGUGGCGGGCCGCCGUGGUGCUGCAGUGCGCCUACAGGCGCUCUCGGGCGCUGCGCCAUUUCAAGACGCUCAAGACGGAGGCGCGCUCGACCAAAGGCCUGAAGAAGCUCAACACGGGCAUGGAGAACAAGAUUGUACAGCUACAGAGGAAGAUGGACGACCAGGGAAAGGAGUACCGCGACCAGAAUGAGCAGCUCCUGCGCGCCAAUACCACCCUCGGCACAGAGCUCAGUCGCGUCCAGCAGCAGCUGCAGCACCUGCAGCAGGCGCGCAGCCAGCAGGGAAGCGCCACUCAGCUGACGGCGAUGCGGGCCGAGCUGGAGGCGCUUGGCGUGCAGCUGGACGAGGCCCAGGCCCAGAAGAGCCAGAUGGAGGAGCAGCACCGUACCGAGAAGCUGGUGCUUACUCAGAGGGUGGCUGAGCUGGAGAAGGAAAACGCACUGCUCAAGAGCCAAAAGGAAGAACUCAACCAGAAGAUCAAACAACAGUCGAGCCGCGCCCAAGAGGAUGUGGGAAGCGCGUUGCUGCGCGCCGAGAUGGACGCCGAGCGACGUCGCUACCAAAACCUCCUGAAAGAAUAUUCCAGACUGGAGCAGAGAUACGACAACUUGAAGGAAGAAGUUUCUCUCGGCAAGUUCCAGAUGGGCCACCACCGAACCUCAUCCAAUCAGAGCAGCCUGGAGUCGGACUCUAACUACACGUCCAUCUCCACCUCGGAGGCGGGAGACGCCGACGACGCCCUGCAGCUGGUCGAGGAGAUGGGCGCCGACAAGGCGGCCAUGGACAUCAGCAUCUUCGUCAAGCUUCAGAAGCGCGUGCGAGACUUAGAACAUGAGAGGAAGCGGCUGCAGGCCAGCCUGGACAAAGUCGACGAAGCAGCCAGAAACAAGAACUGCGAGGAGGAGACAGCCAAGCGUCUCAAGAGCGCUGCUGACGCAGAGCAGGAGGCAGCAGACUUGGCCUACAAUAGCCUGAAGCGUCAGGAGCUCGAGUGGGAGAACCAGCAGCUAAAGAACGAUCUCAACGAGUUGCGUCGCAGCGUAGGCGAACGGGCGGCGGACACCGACGCCUCCAAGCAGCUGCGCGAUGGCUACGACAUCCUGAUGAGUCAACUGAAGGCAGCCACCGAGGAGCUGGACGCGCGCAAGGAGGAAGUGGUCAUACUCAGGACGCAGAUCGUCAGCGCCGCGCAGCAACACGACAACAACAAACACGCGCAGGAGAACGAGAGCGUGGAUGAAGUUGACAUGGGGACUCUACCUUCGGACAAAGACCAGGCUCUGAUGGUCUACCAGCAAGUGUGCCAGUCCAAAAAACUCCUCGAGUGCGAGCUUCAGUCUCAGGCACGCCAACAUGGCGAGGAGGUGGAGGCGCUGCGGGCCGAGGUGGAGACGCUGAAGGAGGACGUGGAGAAGAAGCAGGAGGCGCUCAACUACACGACGUCCUUGUCGCCGGAGGCCCUGCUGGAGUACAGCGUGCAGCUGGAGAUCACCAGGCUCACGAACGACAACCUGGACCUGAAGGAGCUGGUGGAGAAACUGGAGAAGAACGAGCGCAAGCUAAAGAAACAGCUGAGGAUCUACAUGAAGAAGGUCCAGGAGCUGGAAGUGAGUCACAGCAGCAGUCGCGCCAGGUCCGACUUGGGUCGCCACGUGACCCUUCAACGCAAGGAGAAAGACUUUGAGGGCAUGCUGGAGUAUGAUCAGGAAGACGAAGUGAUGCUCAUCAAAACGCUCAUCACAGAUAUGCGUCCUAGCAUGUUGUCGGGGACAGUCCCGUGUCUUCCGGCGUACAUCCUCUUCAUGUGCGUCCGCCACGCUGAUUACGUCAACGACGACCGCAAGGUGGAGUCUCUGCUCACCGCCACUAUCAACGCCAUCAAGCGCGUCCUCAAGAGGAACGAAGACUUUGAGACGACUUCCUUCUGGCUGGCCAACACCAGCCGACUCCUGCACUGCCUCAAACAGUACAGCGGCGACGAGGCGUUCAUGGUUCAGAAUACGUCAAAGCAGAACGAGCACUGCCUGAAGAACUUCGACCUGGCCGAGUACCGACAAGUCCUCAGCGACCUGUCCAUUCAGAUCUACCAGCAGCUCAUACGCAUCGCCGAGGCCACCAUACAGCCCAUGAUUGUCUCGGCCAUGUUGGAGAGCGAGAGCAUCCCGAGCCUGGCGGGGGUCAAGCCCGCCGGCUAUCGGAACCGUUCAUCCAGCGUGGACAAGGACGGGAGCGCCGGCAAUCCAGCCGGCGGCUACACGCUACAGGCGCUCAUCCGCCAGCUGGGCCUCUUUGACGGUGUCAUGCGCGACCACGGCCUGGACCCCGAGAUCGCCGGCCAGGUGGUCCGCCAGCUCUUCCACUGCGUCAACGCCAUCACGCUCAACAACAUCCUGCUGCGCAAGGACGUCUGCUCCUGGAGCACCGGCAUGCAGCUCAGGUACAACACGAGCCAGAUGGAGGAGUGGCUGCGUGCUAACAAGUUGUACCAGACGGGGGCAGCGCAGGCACUCUGUCCCAUCAUUCAAGUUGCUCAGCUGCUGCAAGUCAAGAAGAAAACCUCGCAGGACGCCGACGCCAUCUGCUCACUGUGCACUGCCCUCAACUCCCAGCAGAUCGUCAAGAUCCUCAACUUGUAUACGCCGCUCAAUGAGUUUGAAGAGCGCGUCACCGUAUCCUUCAUCAGGAACAUACAGAAGCAACUCCAGGAGUGCGAAGCGGCUGGCGCCACUCAGGAGGGGGGCGUGGCCAAGGAAGCCCCCCAGCUGCUGGUGGACACCAAGCAGACGCUGCCGCUGCUCUUCCCGUACGCGCCGUCCUCGCUGGGCCUGGAGACACUCCACAUUCCCGCUUCGCUGGGACUCCACUUCCUGGUCAGGGUCUGACCUCACAUCUCCGCCAGCGGGAGGUGACCAUUAUUUAUAUGGACGGAUUUCAACGUGAAGAGUUUGGUUGACCUUGAUCACAAGUCAACGUUUGUACUCAUUUUGUAAAAUACAUUCAGUUUGAAACAAGA